AUGGAAAAUUACGAGGCAUUUGUAGGCUUUGACCUCUGUAAGAUACCACUCUCCAGUGUUGCUCAGAAGAUUAUGUCUGCUAUGCAUUCAGGUGAUUUAGUGGAGUCUAAGAAUUGGACAGAGAGUGAAAAGACUGCAGAAGUGGUGGACACAUCCAGUGUUAGGUAUUCAGGACUACUUGAAGAUGGGAAGAAUCAAUCACUGGAAAAAAAGAAUCUUAAUUCUCUUACGAGCCAGACAUCAAGAGUUUCCAUCAAGUUCUCUUCUCAGUCCUCCAGUAUCAGACUCACAGAUCAACUGUCUGCUGACCAAAGCCAGAAGAAUAUCAGCUCAUUGGCUUCUUCCAGGUGUUUAAUUCCACAGUGUGACCAAGAGGCUUCAGUUCCACAGAAAAUGGAACAUAAAAGAAAACACGUACCAAAGGAAAACAUAAAUAAUGAAAACAAUGAAGAAAGCAUGAGUCUUAAAAGAAAACAUAUCACAUGUAAUAAUUCUUCAGAGAAAACAAGUAAACUUACGACAUUGGAAGAAGAUGCUGAUGAGGUUGAAACCUACCUAAAUUCUAGGAACUCAAAGGCAUUCACAAACAAUUUUUGUGAUAUUCGGUAUUUGGAUGCUUUGAAGAAAAGCCAGCUGAUUGAAAUGCUCAAACAGGCAGUAGCUGUGGUGGUAACUCUGAUAUAUAAGGAUGGCUCAACUCAGCUGAGAGCAGACCAGGCUCUGGUUUCCUCCGUUGAAGGCAUUGUGAUGUUACCAAGGAGCCAUGCAGAGAAAGGCAGUGGUCCUCUGGCUGCCCCAGCCCCUGACAGUGUUCUGGAGGAAGGCUUCAUGCCCAGUGAUCAGUGUAUCUACAUAAAAACUGAGCCCUCUUCUAUUUGGGGCCAAGAAGAAGAGGCACAUCAUCAAUUUGCCAGGAAGGUGCUGCUUCAAACACUGAAAUGUAAAUGUCCUGUUAUUUGUUUCAACGCCAAGGAUUUUCUGAGAACAGUGAUGCAGUUUUUUGGUGAUGAUGGCAGUUGGAAGUGUGUUGCUGACUUUGUAGGGCUGGAUCCCAGAAUAGCUGCAUGGCUUAUAGAUCCUACUGAUGCUGCACCCUCUUUUGAAGAUUUAGUGGCAAAAUACUUUGGAAACUCCAUCACAGUUAAGGUGAACAGCACAUAUGGAAAUUCCUCAAGAAAGACUGUGAAUCAGAAUGUACAUGCGAACCUGAGGGUGCUCUACAGACUUACGAUGAGCCUUUGUUCCCAGCUCAAGGUUUAUGGUUUAUGGCAACUGUUUUGUACUUUGGAGCUUCCUCUGAUACCAGUUUUGGCAGUGAUGGAAAGCCACAGCAUUCAGGUGAACAAGGACGAGAUGAAGAGGACUUCAGCACUUCUUGGGUCUCGUCUCAAGGAACUGGAGCAAGAAGCCCAUUUUGUUGCAGGAGAACAGUUUCUUAUAACGAGCAGUAAUCAGCUUCGAGAGAUCCUGUUUGGCAAGCUGCAGCUGCACCUGCUGCGUCCACAGGAGACUCUUCCCAAAACUGGGCUCCGGAGACACCCGUCCACAUCAGAAGCCGUGUUAAAUGCUCUGCAAGACCUUCAUCCAUUACCCAAAAUAAUUUUGGAAUAUAGGCAGGUUCACAAGAUCAAGUCAACCUUUGUAGAUGGAUUACUAGCUUGCAUGAAAAAGGGCUCCGUUUCCUCCACGUGGAACCAGACUGGAACCGUGACCGGAAGACUGUCAGCCAAGCAUCCU